UGUGCGGAUGUGUUUGACACGUGCAUAUUCAUUUUUUUAAAGAUUUUUUUUUUGUAUUUGGAGGAUUUUUGAAAUAUUAUAUUCUUAUACGCAUGUCCGAAAAUAUGUCAUCGGUCGGAGGAAUGUAGUUAGGAGUGGCAUGCUACUGUCGCUUUCUUUAGCUUUGCCAUAAAUAACAUGAGUAUAAUAAUGAAAAUAUUAAUGUGUCAUUUUUUUACACAUAAGAAAAUACAGAUGAAUAUAGAUAUUGCAAGAUGUAGUGAGUAGUCAGCCAAGAAUUGUGCACUUCAGUGGUACGUUGUGUGAUGCUUUGCAUGAAUAUCACAUUCAGCUCACGUCAAGAUUGCUUCGACUAACUUCACGCCAUUUUAGGACCCAUCGGUUCCAACUUCAGCAAAACUAGCAGCUGCGUCAUUAACAGCCGCCUCGAGUCUUGAAUUUACCCUAGACCUAAAACCAACCUAUAAAAUGAAGUUUUAUAUAUUAACUCCAUGAACCGCAACAGUCGAACUCCAAGUCCUACACCAUGGGUGACAAGAACCAUUUGCUUUACGUUGUUACAAUUCAUGCAAUCUUCGCUUUACUGCAUUUCAUUGUCAGUGAUGCAGUCGAGACGCUCGCCCGUGCUGUGGGCCGACAAGAGAGAUGGCAGCUGUUACGGAAUAAUACGGGAGUUGUCGCCAUGCACAUGGCGUUAACCCAUGAAAAUACUGUUAUUAUCUUCGACCAAACUGAAGCAGGCCCCUCUCAGUACCGGCUUCAUGAACGGUACAAUGGGAGAAGAUGCAGCACUCGUUCCCGUGCCGAUUUAAAAGAUGGGGCGUGUUAUGCUCAUUCGGUUGAAUAUUACAUUCAUGGUAAUAACUUGCGGCCGCUUAGGUUUGUCUCGGAUCCAUGGUGCUCUUCGGGUUCGUUCCUCAGCAAUGGCACACUUCUCCAAGUUGGUGGCCAUGGUCGAGGAUCGCAAAGGAUACGAUAUUUCAGACCUUGCCGUGAUCAUCUAUGCAAUUGGCAGCAAUCGAAGAGGUCAUUGUCGGAUAAUCGAUGGUAUGCUUCGAAUCUAUUAUUGCCUCAACAUGAUCGAGUUAUUGUUGUUGGUGGAAGGAAUGCUUAUAGUUACGAAUUUAUACCUAAAUUACAUACCAAGGACAGAUCUUUUAAUCUUCCCUUUUUGCAUGACACUCAUGACGAGGAUGGUGGCGGAAACAACCUCUACCCUUUCCUUCAUCUUUCUUCUGAUGGUAACCUCUUCAUCUUCGCCAACCGUGACUCCAUCCUUUUCAAUUAUCAACGAAACCGUGUGGUCAAAACCUUUCCGAGGAUUCCAGGGGGUGGUUCCAGAAGCUAUCCGAGCUCAGGAUCAUCAGUUAUUCUCCCAUUGGAUCACCAAGACAGGUUCCAAAAAGUCGAAGUCAUGGUAUGCGGCGGCGCGGCCUCGGGAGCUUACGAAGCGGCAGCCAGAGGGAGAUUCCUCCCUGCAUUGAGCUCCUGUGGGAGAAUGGUGAUUACAGGGAACAAUCACAUAUGGAAAAUGGAAAACAUGCCAGGACCUCGUACCAUGCAUGACAUGUUGAUCCUUCCUACAGGUCAUAUACUAAUCAUCAAUGGCGCUAGACGUGGUUGCGCAGGAUGGCAAAACGCAGCGACCCCAUCGCUCAGGCCGUACCUUUACAAUCCUAAGAAAAGUCGUGGACAAAGAUUUACGGUCCUGAAAGCCACCAGGAUUGCCCGAAUGUAUCAUUCCUCGGCUCUUCUUUUACCGGACGGGAGAGUCUUGGUUGCCGGCGGCAACCCUUAUAAUACAUACACUUUCAGCAACGUUGCUUACCCGACGGAGCUAAGAUUACAAGCUUUUGUCCCUGAUUAUAUGGACCGGCAAUUCAAUGAUUUGAGACCUGGGAAUGUAACGAUAGAGUAUGAGGGGCAUUCAUCUGGUGUUGCAUAUGGGACAGCGUUUACUAUUCAUUUCUGGCUUGGACGAAGGCCAAGUAAAGACGUGGAAUAUAGUGUUUAUGCGCCGCCGUUCACGACGCAUUCCAUUUCAAUGAAUCAAAGGUUGCUGAAACUGAGGUGCCGGCACACAACAAGGGACGGCGGUGGUUCGAUGAGUGCUGUUUUGGAGGCUCCACCGUCGCCGAAUGUGGCACCACCUGGUUACUAUUUGCUUACUGUUGUUAAUAAUGGCAUCCCUAGCUUAUCUCAAUGGAUUAGAUUCAUCCCUGCUUGAUCUUUCUUGCACUUUGUCUUCAAUAUCCAAAAUAAUAUGCUUUUUAAUUUCCUGAAUAAAGUGUAACCAGAUAUUCUGUUAUUCUUCUGUAAAUUCACUCUUAACUU